CACAUUAAGAUGCACUGUUCAUUGUUUUCAGGUGUAGAAACCAAGAGGAUAAAGCAUGAAAAUACCACUGGUGAAGUUGGAACAGGUAUGGAAAUAGAGGAAGCUGAGGAACUACAGGUUACAAAUAAUACUGUUGAAGAUGAAACAGGAACUUAUGAUUUUUAUAUCAUUAAUGAUGAUCCAGAUUGGGAAUCACAAGUGAUAAAAGGCCUUCAAAUGAGGAAAAAAAAUGUAAAAUGCUUAAGCAGCAAGGACCAUAUACCUGGCAAGCUUAUAUUAGAAAACCUAAUUGAACCAGUGAAAAAAUGCAAGAGAGUAGUAGUUGGAUUUAGAUCAGAGGCAGCCACUGAGAGUGCAUUUUAUGUUGCAGCAUCUGCUCUUACACAAACACUAAAUGAUCAAACCCUUACUCAGGGAAAACUCAUUCCAGUUAGAAUAUCAGAAGAUGCGAGGAUACCAGAGUGUUUAGCGCUACUAAUAACAGCCAAUUGGUGGAAAGAUGAUUUUUAUGACAAGCUCUUGCAGAGUUUAAGUCAGCAAGAUGAUGUUAUGACUGAGAUACCUAAUUCUGAACUUACAAAGAUGGAUAAUGGAAAGUUUGUGUGGAAGCGGAAUGGGAAAGACAGCUUGAAUGUUUCAAUUUCAUCUUCACAUAUAUCAACAAUGAAUUUCAAUGAGCUGAAGGCUCUAAUGCAUGAAAAUAUUGAAGUGUUUAAGUAUUUCACUUACAUGCCGAAUGGUAAUCCUGUUGCAGUUUUCCACUCGCAGUGUCUCUCUUUGCAGAGUUUCAAAUUUGUUGGACCUGACCCUAAGAAACAGAAAGUUGUAAUGGAUAUUGCGCAUGGUUUAAAAUACUUACACAAAAACAGAAUCAAACACGGAAAUCUAAACCUUUCCACAGUCAUUGUCAAUGGUGAAGGACAUGCUAAGAUCCGUGAAUUUGACUUCCAACCUCGGGCAGAUGAUGGUGAUUUACAGUCAAAGUUAAUCUUUCUGGCAGAAGACGUUGGCAAUUUAGGAACAGUCAUAUAUUAUGUACUGACAGGAAGGAGUAUAAAAAAACAGAAAACAUAUGUAAUUCCUGGAUAUGCUAAUUAUCGUACAACUGGAUUCUUUAAUGCAUGCCUGGAUGAUGAUUUGUUGAAAAGACCACCGGUUCUUGAAAUAUGGUAUUGGUUGCAUGGACUUUUUAACAUAUCACUACCUAAUGCUGAAAAUGAAGGCAGGGCCACUACAGACUCUUUCCGAGUUAAAAAAAAGAAAGUCGAAAUAAAAUGUCAGAGUUGUCCUGGAAAAAAGAAAAUAAUAGAGGAGUUGGCAGUCACGCACAACGAGAAGUAUGAUAAGCAUGAUCGGGAUGUGCACUACUGCACAAGUGUGAAUUGCAUUAGAAGAAAAUUUCAUAAUUUUAAUGGUGAAGUUAUCUAUGACUCGAAAUCAAAUCCUCUCUUUAGUAUUAAGGAUAUUGUAACCCUUAAAAGCAAAGGGUUCAAGUAUCAUGGCUACUAAAGCAGGGAUGUAUAGUAGUUAUGGUGGGCAGGGCAACCCAGCCUUGAAGUUUUCCACCCAGUCCAAAGGUAAUUUCAUGGCCCUUUACCCACCCUUAAUAACCCACUUUUCCAUCCUUAAAAUCCACUCUUAUUAUUUAGAGUUUAUUAAUGCUAUCACUCACCCACCCUAAAAAUGUCUAUCACACAUCCCUAGUUUUUUACAGCUGCAACCCUGCUACGUUGUAUGACUGCCGGCCAAUAAAUCCAUCUGUGGUGAUUUUCAAUGAUAGACUGAGCGAUCGUCCUUAAAAACAAUUGGUUGUUUGCACCUUGUCAUCAUGGAAUCACAGCAGCUGAUAAUCAUCAGGUGCAGUGUGUGCCGGCUUAAGAAGAGCUUCCCACAUGGACUUGAGAAGAAGCAUUUUAUGGUUAUUAUUAGACUGAAGAGAAUUAGCUGAAUGUUAAUAAUAAGUUAAAUACAUGAUAAUGUAAUAUGUGUAAAUUUAUGGUUCUUUUAUAUUGAUCCAAAAAUCAAGUAUAAGUAAGGGUGAAACUUGCGGAUGUAUAAAAGAACCAUAUUUACCUUAUUGGAUCCAGUGAAUUUAUUCAAUAAUGUAAUAUGUGCUUAAGGUUUAUUUUAUCAACCAUUUUAAUACUGUAAAUGUCCUGAUUCAUGAAUGUAUUUAAAACAACUUCUUUCACCAUAACAUUGUAUGGCAAACUUGUUGCCCUUGCCUCUCCGAAAGGGUAUUGCAAUAGCGCAUGUGUGUCCUUCCAGCCGCAUCCCUGAUAUUUCCCCUUUAAAGGUAAAAACAAGAGCGAUCGCAUACUGGUACGUGUGUUAAACUGUGGUACCUCUAUUAAGUUUUAUUUUUGGCUGUAAGGGCUGUCUUCCAAUAGGUAAAUUUAUUCGGCAAGGGUUCUUAAUUGCCAUUAAUUACAUCAACGUCGAGAGACAAAAUCACUUCUGCUUGCACCUUACUGGCCUCAGAUAUAUAAUUAUAAUAUUUAUUUGUACAAAAUUAACAUGUCUAAAAACUGAGAAAAUAAAAAUGUCUUAAAAUUGAAAAAAAUUGAAAAUUGAAUACCAAGACAUGAUUCAAACUCACAAACUUUGGUUCUGAACACAUCGUUAACCGACGUGUAUGCGAUGUGUCCUAUUACUGUGGUAAUGGCAGUAAUGUACAGUCUUUGCUGAAACCCAUGUUUUGUUGUUGGUGGUGAGGGGUGCCAUGAACUUUUUUUUGGAAAUCACUUCUAGUUUGUACAAAAUUUCCUGCACAUCCGUUCCAAAACUGGCGACGCUGGACCCUUUUAAGUUCUGGUAACAAAAACAAGAACAAUAGAAGGUGAGGUUCAGAUGUCCGCCUGUGCGAACCUAUUAAGGCAGGGGGCUAUAUUUACACUAGUCUUAAACAAAUUCUUAAUUCUGAUUGGACAUCAUCCAAUCAGAAUUAAUAAUUUAUUUAAGGCUAAUGAACAUUGUAUCGUGUGGAAUCAGGUAUGUGAGCUAUUGUACAGUACCUUAGAAUAUGGAACCUAUCUUUUCUUUUUAGCAACUAGAGAGCUCUUGCGAGUGAAAAAGAAUAGAAAGCGAAAGCUAUAUGUCAAAAGUGCCCACAGAAGAAACAGAAGAAGCAGACCAUUGAAGGGGCAUUGGCGCUAGCCUUUAAAUCAUCUUAUUAUGAUCAUCAGCGUCAUCGUCAUGUUGUUGAUGAGAAUUGCCCACUGUUGCCUCAGUUUUAAAUGUAGGAAAAAUAUGAAUAAUUUUGAUGGCCAUGUUGACUAUGACAACACAUCAAUGCCUCUCUUAACCAUAGAAGAUAUUUUAACUCUAAAAAGAAAUUUCUAUUCAUAUAUGGAAAUUAUUAAAUUAUAUUAAUUAUUAAACGUAGAAAUCAGCUACUGCUGUUAUUGUUAGCAAUUUUUAAGAGCAGCUUAGUUCAUUUAGCUAAACUGGUGGUAGCUUCUGUGUGUGCUGAACUAUGAAAAUCCCUCCAAAUUAUAAUGGUGCCGGGUUUAAAUUCCAUUGAUUUCUCACCGUGUGUUUCAGCUGGAACCCUGAAAUACAAGUUACCAUGUGCACUGGCCCAUGUGCAUGUUAAAGAGUAAGUAAUCUCAUUGGAAAAAGACUAGGGGAUUGUUUGGCAUUGUAAUGAACAAUUCACCAACAAAAAGGACCCCACUGGAAAUAUGUCUGUACUUUUGCGAGUAAAAGGGCUACUGUAUAUAAAUUUUUUUUAAUCAUUUUAUUUAUCUUACUGUAUACACAGUAUUAAAAAAAUGUAUAUCAUUUGUUAAAGUAGAUUAAGCCAUCAGCCUCAGUCUUUAUGUAUGUUCGACGGAUGGAAUUUAACUUUUAAGCUGCAAGUCUGUAUUUAAUUAUAGUUAGUUUCGGAGUUUGUAGGCUGCAUCCUUGGAUCUGGAACAUUCUUAAUUCAGGAUCAAGUUUUGGAUGUGGAAUGCACUUUAAUUUGAAUAAUCCUAUACUGAGAAAGGUAUGCAGGCUAUGACCUUAAGGAUUUUAACAAAUCUACUCCAACUUAUAUUCGGGAAACUACUGUAUGGUAGCUGAUUUGAUUGCAAAUACAUUUUUUACAACAAUUUUCGAAGAAUAUGAAUCUGAAAAUAUAAAAGUUUCGCUUAAAGAACAGUAAUUCCUUUGCAUGCUUUCUCUUUGUACUACAUAGUUGCAUUUAAAAAAAUGUUUCAUCAAUAUCUUCAUUUUAUUUCUUACUGCCUUAAUCUUGAUAAAGUAACUGUUCAACUCUUAAGUGGGGUAAAAAAAAACACUUUGUAGUUGUGUGCAGCUUUAUAUGAAUGAUAAUAGAAUAAAUAUUUAUUUGUUUUUUAGUUUUUGGUUGGAGGUAAUGUUUGAGUUCAUUCGUGUGACUGGGCUCCUUAUGUAUUUUAAGAAAUUUUGGUUAAAAUAAUAUUGAUGAAAUGUAUUAAAAAUUGUUGUCAAGAGAUUUGUAUCUCGGUUUGGAUUUGCUGAUUCUAAUUCACUUCAUUUCCUUUUGAAUAUCGAUUAUGAUUGCCCAUCCUUAUUUAGUUUUACUUGCCUGAAGUAUAUAGUUUGGUGUCCUGUAUUUUAUUUGUCCAGGAAAUGAUGAUGAUAGAUAGUAUUAAAGUUGCAUCAAUAUUUUUCAAUAAUAUUCUGUUUUGUUCCUACCAUUAACAGCACUCAUAAAACAGCAUUUAUUAAGAUUUUUGUUUAUUAUUGAAGAUAUUUAUAACGAUUUUAAAACAAAUGAAAGUUUAAAAAAUGUUCAAAUAUUCAAAAUGUUAAGAUUAUGCGGCCAUCAGAGAUACCUUUUAAAAAUGUCAGUUCAGAGUUCAUGAUCAUUGUUUUAAUCUAUCACUAUUCAUUUUAUGUGCCAUUCUUUUUUCUACUUUUUGAUUUGUUGUACAAUACAUUGCCAUUUCAAUGUUGUCAGGAAAUUUCAUAGGAAUGAUUCUACCUGACGUGUUAGCAUACUGAAUACUCAGUGUGUUCCCAAAUACUUGCGAAAACAAAAUCUUGUGAUUCCUGAUGUCAUAAACACUAGACCACCGAGCUUGCGUAUAGUGGCUAAGGCAAUGCUAUUUCAAUGCUGUUUCAGUCAGGAGAUAUUUUUUCGCAAGUAUUUGGGAAUGUACUGAGUAUUCAUCACGACAGCACGUAAGGUAGGGUAAAACAUCACUGCUAUUAAAUCGAUAUUAUAAUUUGCAAUCAUGUUUCAAUCUAAUUAUCUGUAAUAUUGUGUGCAUGCAUCAGUCUGACUGAUUAAACAAAAAACAUU